AUGGGAGGAUGCUUCUCGAAGCCCAAACCAGUUGAAGUGAAAAUUGAAGUGGUGAUACCUGAGAAGGAGAGAAGCAAGGAGGAGAUGUCGCCCAAUGGGAAAGCCAGUCCCCUGAUCUACAAAGUCAAUGGUACUGCCCGGCAUUAUCAUCUCGAGGAGCAUCCCAUUGCCAGCAAUCCCUACCACAACCCGAAGGAUGUGGUGGAAGCAUCUGUGUGCCACGUGAAGGACCUGGAGAACGGACAGAUGCGGGAAGUGGACCUGGGCUGCGGGAAGGCUCUGCUCAUCAAGGAGAGUGGCGAGUUCCACGCCGUGGGACACAAGUGUCCCCACUACGGGGCUCCACUGGUCAAAGGGGUUUUGUCCAAAGGAAGAGUCCGCUGUCCAUGGCACGGAGCUUGCUUCAGCAUCGGCACAGGUGACAUAGAGGACUUCCCCGGCUUGGACAGCUUGCCCAGGUUCCAGGUGAAGAUUGAGAAGGAGAAGGUGUACAUCCGAGCAAGCAAGCAGGCUCUUCAGACACAGAGGAGGACAAAGAUGAUGGCGAAGUGCAUCUCCUUGAGCAACUAUAACCUGAGCAGUACCAACGUGCUGAUCAUCGGUGCAGGGGCAGCUGGACUGGUCUGCGCAGAGACCUUGCGCCAGGAGGGUUUCUCGGACAGGAUUGUGAUGUGCACGAUGGACAGACACUUGCCCUACGACAGACCGAAGCUCAGUAAGUCAAUGGAUUCCCACCCGGAGCAGAUCGCCCUGCGCCCCAAGGAGUUCUUCCGCACCUACGAUAUUGAAGUCCUGACUGAAAUGCAGGUUGUGGCUGUGGAUAUCAAGAACAAGGUAGCUGUGUUCAAGGAUGGAUUUAAGAUGGAAUACAACAAGCUGCUGAUAGCGACUGGAAACACGCCCAAAGCUCUCAGCUGCAAAGGCAAGGAGGUGGAAAACGUUUUCAACAUCCGGACACCCGAAGAUGCCAACCGUGUCGUGAAGCUGGCCACGAGCAAGAACGUGGUUAUCGUGGGAGCAUCCUUCCUGGGGAUGGAGGUGGCCGCCUACCUUGCCGAGAGGGCCCACUCGGUGUCCCUGGUGGAGCUGGAGGAAGUCCCCUUCAAGAAGUUCUUUGGGGAGAGGGUUGGCCGCGCUGUCAUGAAGAUGUUCGAGAGCAACAGGGUCAAGUUCUACAUGCAGACAGAGGUGUCGGAGCUGCGGGAGCAGGAGGGCAAGCUGAAGGAGGUUGUGCUGAAGAGCGGGAAGGUCCUGCGUGCUGACGUGUGUGUCGUCGGUGUUGGUGCAGUCCCAGCGACAGGCUUUCUCAAGCAGAGUGGCAUCAACAUCGACUCCAAAGGCUUCCUCGUGGUCAACAAGAUGAUGCAAACCAACAUCCCCGGAGUCUUUGCAGCUGGUGACGCUGUCACAUUCCCGCUGGCCUUGAGGAAUAAUAAGAAGGUGAACGUCCCUCACUGGCAGAUGGCCCAUAUGCAUGGCCGUAUAGCCGCGCUCAACAUGCUGGCCCACGGCACGGAGAUCAGCACAGUCCCGUAUUUGUGGACUGCUAUGUUCGGGAAGAGCAUCCGAUAUGCGGGCCAUGGGGAAGGAUUUGAUGAUGUUGUCAUUCAGGGAGAUUUAGACGAACUGAAGUUUGUGGCAUUUUACACCAAGAGCGACGAGGUGGUGGCUGUGGCCAGCAUGAACUACGACCCUAUCGUGUCCAAGGUGGCUGAGGUCCUGGCUGCUGGCCGGACCAUCCGAAAGCGCGAUGUGGAGCUGUUUGUCCGUCAUGGCAAAACCGGAGAUAUGUCCUGGCUAACUGGGAAAGGCUCCUAA